AUGGCAAAACGGAUUUGGUUGACAACCAAUCAGGGAACAGAGAUUGGAAAGGACAUCAAAAUGAGUUCGAACUUAGUAUCAAAAGGUAUCAUAAAGGCAAAAAAAGGAUUUUUUGCAGAUACGCAAAAAAUAGAAAAAAAAAUUAUUUUCUAUAACACAGUCACGUCCCAAUAAACCUGGCAAGAUUCAUAACUGUCCUGUAAUUAUCAUUAUUGUCGUUGAUUUUACAUUAAAUUCCUAACUACCUAUUUUCUGCAAGGCUUACCUGAACAUAAAUUUUUGGGUAAAAAAUAUUUAAAAAUCCCACAACCCAUGCAAAUCCUAACCUAAAAAACUUGAGAAUCGCGUACAGAAAUGAUAAAUCGCUUUACAAAAAAGAUUUGACCCACUGAUUCGAUCCGUUUUUUACCCAGAAACCCAAAUCGAACGAAACUUUUGCGCGCCCUUCUCCUUUCUUCCCUUCGACUUUACUCGAGAAAAGAGGCAAUGACCUCAAACAAGGAGAAGAUCCCCGUAAGUCGGAAAUGGCGGCAUAAAUGAGUAAUUAUACCUGAUGUAACAGCAAAGGGAAAGUAGAGAAAAAAUCGACAGAAAUUUGGGAAAUUAAAAGAAAUUUGCGAAAAUUAUUUAUUUUUUCCUCGAAAAUGCCAUUUUUUGGCAAAAAAAGGUUGCAAUUCGCAUUUUAACUUUUCAAUUGCAGCCGGCACCUUCCCCAACACCUCACUCCCGCAAUCCGACCAAAUCAGCACACCCACUUCAGCUACAGCUCCAGUUUUGCCCGGAACUCCGAUCAGAAUCUUGAAGGAAAACACGGAAUUACUCGAUUUGAAUGGUUCGGAUAGCCUCAGGCCCGAUGAAUCGUUUGCGUCGGACUCGAAAAGGCUUGAUCGCACCUCAUCUCAGCUCUCAUCCUACAUGGAACUGAACGCCGACAUCCUCGAAACGGCGUCGAUUGUCACCUCGGCGUCAGAGGACGAGUUCCGAAGCCAGGUCGCAUAUCUGGAGAGCCAAGCCCAAAUCGAGGACGAUGUUUUCCACGGGAAGGUGACUGUUGCCGUCGCGGAGGAGGCUAUAUUUGUGGAGGAGAACAUGACUGUUAAUCGAGAGACUAGUCGCUAUUUGUCGCAGGUCGUCAACGUCUUCGAGAUCCAGUUGAAUGACAUCCAGGCGGUUGUUCAAGUUGAGGAUGGAGAUGUCAAGGCCAAUGGAUAUGUGACUUCGUAAGUCUCCAUAUAGUGAAAGAGGAAUAUUGAGAAUUAUGGACAAAAAUCGGAAAAUUCCGAUGAUAAAAGUUUGUAAAAUACGACCCUUUUUUAGCGUCGGCCUCCAAGAACGCUUCAAAAUCCGAUUUGGCGAUGUAAUCCGGGAAAAGUCGAAGCUCCGCGCUACUUCUCCUAUCCCAGAAUACCGCUUAUUGGAUACGAAUGUCCUCUUCAACCUUCAGGCACAUGAAGGAUUCACCUCGCUUAAGGUAAAUAACAAGUUUGUCAUGGUGAAUAUAAAUUUGAAAAGAUUUUGUUUAAGUUGAGUUAAUAACGACCUAAAUCAAUUUCAGAUUGACGUAAAAGAGCUGGAAAUCGCAAUUUCGGACAUUAUUUUGUCCCAUCUGGGCCCGUUCUUUCAAGUAGAACAAGAAGAAGAUGAAAAAUUCCAAUUACACCUUGAUUUAUCCGACAGUCGAAUACAAAUCAAGGUAGGAUAAAGUUUUUAUUGAGGGAUUUGGAGGUGGUCAGAAUUUAUUUUUUUAUUUGGUGGGCGCUAAGCAUAUCUUGGCGAUUUUAUGGAUGAUUCUCAAAAAUUUUGAAAAGAAUUAAAGCGAUUUUUGAUGACUCUGGAUUAUAAAUCGAAAUUCUAGGACUCAAAAAAGAAGAAUCCUCUUCGAAUUACCUUGGGCCGCCUGGCAAUCGACGAUAGAGCCAUCAGUGAGCAAAACGAAUGA